GCGGGAGGAAGAGGAAGAGGAGGGACAAAGGCGGAUCACGGCUGAGCGGACGGAUCCACGCGGUCGACCCCGCCUGGAUUCGCAGCCCCCACCUGUGGGAUCAUCGACCCCGCAUCGCGCCGAGCAGGAGCUGAGCAUGGAGAGCAGGGAGGACAAAUGCCCGCGGCAGGAGCUGGUGGCAGAGGCCGUUUUGAGCGGCUCCACGGCGCAGGAAGGCAACGGGGAGGAAAAGGCGCGGAGAUGGCGCACGAGGAGGGGCUGCAAACGCAGCCGGCGGGGAUGUGAGGGGGAAAGAGCCGGCCUGGGCCGGGAAGGCGGCCGGAGAUGGAGCCAGAGCUCGGAGCUGGUGCUCCGUGAGCAGCUCCGUGAUGGGGAGAAGCCCCACACGUGCGGGGAGUGUGGGAAGAGCUUCAGCAGGAAUUCCGAACUGAUCGUGCACCAUAGGAUCCACACUGGGGAGAAGCCCUACGAGUGUGGGGAGUGUGGGAAGAGCUUCAGGCAGCGCAACCAUUUUAUCAUGCACCAGAGGACCCACACUGGGGAGAGGCCCUACGAGUGUGGGGAGUGUGGGAAGAGCUUCAGCCAGCGCAGCCAUCUGAUCAGGCACCAGAGGAUGCACACUGGGGAGAGGCCCUUCGAGUGUUCCAAAUGUGGGAAGGGGUUUAUGACCAGCUAUGAUCUCUUCCAGCACUAUUGGUUUCACAGAGAGGAGAGGCCCUUCCAAUGCCCUGAGUGUGGGAAGGGAUUCAAGCACAACUCCCACCUCAUCACCCACCGGCGCAUCCACACAGGGGAGAGGCCCUACGCGUGUUCCAAGUGUGGGAAGGGCUUUAGUCGCAGCUCCCAUCUCCUCCAGCACUAUCGGAUUCACAGAGAGGAGAGACCUUUCCAAUGCCCCGACUGCGGGAAGGGAUUCAAGCAGAAUUCCAGCCUCGUCAGGCACCGGCACAUCCACACUGGGGAGAGGCGCUACAGGUGUCCCCAGUGUGGGAAGGGCUUUAAUAGCAGCUCCAAUCUGCUCCAGCACUGUCGGAUUCACAGAGAGGAUAGACCUUUCCAAUGCCCCGACUGCGGGAAGGGUUUCAAGUACGACUCCAACCUUGUCAGGCACCAGCGUAUCCACACUGGCGAGAGGCCCUACGAGUGUCCGCAGUGUGGGAAGAGCUUCUCACAGAGGUCUACCUUGACCCGACACCAACAUAGGCACCACUAAGGGAAGCCCUGCGAGUUCCCCGAGUUCGGGAAGAGAGUCGUGCGCUGCUCAAUCUCAGGGUUGUGGAUUGGUAUGGGAUGGCUGAGAAUGAUGGAUUUGACAGCAAAUAAAAUUCUGCGACUUACAA